ACGGAGCAACACCACACCGCCGCACAACAAAAAACCGAUAGGAAUUUUCGGGCUCAGUCAGAGGCGAGCAGCAGGCUCUGACCUCUGACUCCGAGGCGCGGCGAGGGCGAGGGCGGUGGCGGGAGAGAAUGGAUGCCGCGGCGCUGUCCAGCCGGAUUGCUCUCUCUGCGAACCGCUUCGCGAACCACCACGCGGUGGGAGGAGAUAGAUCUUCUAUUUACAGGAGAAGGUCCACAAAUGUUGCCUUCCCCAUUGUAAUCACAGCAGCAGGCAAAGGUGGCGGUGUGCUUGAUCGACCAGCAGAGAAAGUUUCUCCAGGUCGUCAGUCUGAGUUCGAUGUCAAGAAAUCCCGGAAAAUGUCCCCUCCAUUUCGUGUUGUCCUGCACAAUGACAACGAGAACAGGCGAGAGUAUGUUGUCCAAGUCCUGAUGAAGGUUAUCCCUGGGAUGACUGUGGACAACGCUGUCAAUAUCAUGCAAGAGGCUCAUGUGAAUGGGAUGGCAGUGGUUAUUGUCUGCUCGCAGCAGGAAGCUGAGGAGCACUGCACGGCGCUCAGGGGCAAUGGCCUCCGAAGCUCUAUUGAACCUGCAAGUGGUGGCUGCUGAAAAAAGAGCUUAUUUUUGCCGCUUAAAGUUUGUAGAUACCCCUGCAUAUCUAGAUAAAAUGCAGUGAAUUACAGGCACUUAUUGUUAAAGAUGGACAUGGGUACCUACUUGCAGAUGUAAAUCAUGUAGUAGACCAAAUAUAGUGUUUCCUGUUAUUUUUCAAGAAAACAGUGUUUCCAGUUAUGAAGCUGUAGUAUUUCUCUUA